AUCAAUAUCCUGCUGGACCUACUGAGGAUAGUGACGUGGAGAGUGGUCACCAAGCGUCGAUUAUUUGUUUCGUCUUAUGCUUUUAUCUAAGCGAUUUGAGCUCCUUAAAACGAUCUACGUUAAACUUGAGUGGUCACUUUGAGUGGAACGGGUGUGUUUGUGAUUUUGAGUUCGGCCGGUCACCGAGGGGUGUAGUCAUAUUUCACCGACUAGAGGACAUCUACGCGGCCGCAGGAUGAAGCUGUACAGCCUUAGCGUCCUUUAUAAAGGAACGACCAAGUCAAACCUACUCAAGGCGGCCUACGAUCUGUCAUCCUUCAGCUUCUUCCAGAAAUCCAGUGUUCAGGAGUUUAUGACCUUCACCAGUGCCUUGAUUGUUGAACGGACAACAGUUGGAAGUCGUGCCUCAGUCAAAGAACAAGAUUAUCUCUGCCACGUGUAUGUGAGAAACGACAACCUCGGUGCCGUAGUCAUUGCAGACAAUGAGUACCCGUCCAGAGUUUGUUUCACGCUGCUAGAAAAAGUAUUAGAGGAAUUCUCCCGGCAGGUGAGCAGUAUAGACUGGCCGUCUGGGAACCCUGAUACCAUCAACUACAAAGCUCUGGACAUUCAUCUCUCCAAAUACCAGAAUCCCAGAGACGCGGAUGCGAUGACCAAAGUGCAGGCAGAGCUGGACGAGACAAAGAUCAUUUUGCACAACACCAUGGAGAGUCUUCUGGAGCGAGGGGAGAAGCUGGACGACCUCGUGGCAAAGUCGGAACACCUGGGAAACCAGUCCAAGGCUUUUUAUAAGACUGCUCGGAAACAAAACUCGUGCUGUGAGGUCAUGUGAUGUCACCAGCUCGUCCUCAUGGACACGCCUCUCUUUCUCUGCCUUUCUGCUUUUCCUACAGCCCCCAUCAUGCACCAGCUCUUGUCACAGAAGACGAGGACGGGCAAGUCUGCGCACAGACUUGGUGAUGGGGGCUGAAGGAGCGACACCGUCUGUCAUGGGAACGUCACUCACUUUCAACCUUUCAAACAACCGUCUGAACCAGCUGCGGAUGUGGUCGCACCAUCUAUCAGCCAGCUGUUGUCACCUGUCUGACAAUCUCCACUCACAUUUUGUUUCUGUCACGCUGCUUUGGUUUUGUACCAAAUACUCGUCGGUUCACAGCCUUCUAUUGCAAACACAUCAGAAAAACCAUUUAAGAGGUGUGUGGCUUCCCCUGGGUGACUGACAGACAGACCUGUGCUCUGCCUUAGUCACUUCUUUCUCAGACAUGUUAACAUUGAAUUAACAUUGUUUUUAUUUAUACGCUCAUGUAAGAAACACCCUGAAUUAUGAACCCAUUUAUUCAUGAACUAAUCUUAUUUUGAAAUAGUUUCAUUUUAUUCUUCUAGUGUUGUCUUCUGUCAACACACAAGUGUGUUUUCAAACUUGAAAGAUUUUGCUUUCUCACUCCAAUUGAUGCCACUUUCUAAGCGUUGCAGUAACAAAGCAAACUGCAGAUUUUUUGAGCGUGAACACGGUAGUGUGGAUGAAGUUUCAUUUUUGAAGUUUGUCUCACACUAGUAAGUAGUUUUGAAAAUCUUGAAACAUUCCCUGCUGUAUUUGGAAGCGGUUUAAAUUUUUGCCUCACAAUGAUGUUGCUUGGCUGAGGAAGGAUUGUUGCGUUAGAGAGAUCACCACCCCGCUGUGUUCACAGUGCCACACUUGGAUUAGAUUCUUCGUUUUGUUUGCUGUGUCACCACUUUGAGGCACAAAGAAAAACAGUCGUUAUCAUGCUGCUGCAUCUGUGAAACAUCCUGCUUUUCCUCAUUCCGUUCCAAAUAACAUGAAAGAUGCGCGAGGACUCGUCGCAUGAAUACAUCUCAACACUCGAGUGUAACCCGUGGAGCUGAGAUGUAUUUUGUGUGGAGCUGUGGGCUCUUCAGUUUGAGCUUGUAUUGGAGCUCAUACUCCAUGUUUGGUUGAUCCUACCUGCCAUGCUCGAAGUCAGUGCAGCUUUCACACAAGAUGAUUUUUAGUCUUAAUUCCCUGCGCCGACCUGCAGAGCUUGACAACUAGUAUUUGCGAAAAGACUUUUCAUUGUUGUGUUAUGGUUACUGCAGGUCUUGAUGUUUGAUCUCGCUGGUCAGUUGCCUUCUGUUGAGUGUUUUAGAAGCGCCUGCUUCAUUUCUGCUGUGUAUGAUGGCUCCAACGUCAGUGUCUGUGUGCGUGUCUGCUUUUACAGUGUAAAUGUUUGUGCAAUAUAUCUGAAGACUGUUGACUCGGGAAUAAACACAAUUAAUAAUCUGAUCUGCCUGUACUCCCUACUGUCCUCCACUGAUGUCUGAAUUCUAAAACUUUUUUGGAUUUGAAUUCAAAAUGCGCUCAGAUGUGUUCAUUUACCACCAUGUUGUGGCUCCUAAGAUGAUUCAGGAGUCCAUACUGAUUUAGAUUUUGUGUCAAAUAAAGCCACC